UUGAAAACGCAAUUACCCAAGAGGAGCUUUUCGAUCAUCUUCCUUCGAUCUCUGCAUAAUUGCUACAUUAUAUAUCUACGGUGGUGAUGGAACGCAUUUGUAACGCACUGCAUGGGCUGAAGCCCGCCAUGUUAAUGGUGGUGGUUCAGUUUGUAUUUGGCGGGGUCAAUGUGUUCUACAAACUGGCCGCGAAUGAUGGAAUGAGCUUGAGGGUUAUUGUUGCCUAUCGCUUCAUUUUCGCAACUGCUUUUGUUCUUCCUCUUGCUCUCCUUUUCAAGAGGAAAAGCAGGCCAAAGCUGAGUUGGGUAGUGCUCUUCCAAGCAUUUUUUUGUGGGCUAUUUGGGGGAUCAUUAGCUCAAAACUUAUAUAUUGAGAGCUUAGCCUUGACAUCAGCAACAUUUGCUUCAGCCAUGAGUAACCUAAUUCCUGCCAUUACCUUCAUCCUCGCAAUCUUCUUUGGGCUGGAGAGGCUGAACCUGGGGACAAUAGUAGGCAAGGCUAAAGUGUUGGGAACAUUAAUGGGAAUAGGUGGGGCGAUGCUGCUCACUUUCUAUAAAGGCGCAGAAAUUGACAUUUGGUCUUCUCAUCUUAACCUUUUGCAUGACUCCCAAAAUCAAACUCGACACGUGGCCUCUCCGCUUAAACAGUCCGGAAAUCGCCUUUUGGGUUUUUUAUUGGCCCUAGGAAGUUGUUCCUCAUUUGCCCUCUGGUUAAUCAUUCAGGCUAAACUGAGUGAGAAAUAUCCGUGUCAUUUCUCAAGCACAGCUCUAAUGUGUAUGAUGGGAGCAAUUCAAGCCGUUGCUUUUGCCCUAUGCAUGGAGAAGGAUUGGAGUCAGUGGAAGUUGGGGUGGAAUAUCAGGCUUCUUACAGUUGUUUAUUCGGGAGUAGUGGGUUCGGGACUAAUGGUGAUUUUCAUUGCGUGGUGCGUACACACGAGAGGCCCUUUGUUUGUCUCUGUCUUCAACCCUCUAAUGCUUGUUUUAGUUGCCGUCAUGGGCUCUUUGCUACUCGACGAAAAGUUGCACCUUGGAAGCAUAUUAGGAGCCGUGUUGAUUGUUUGCGGCUUAUACGCGGUGCUGUGGGGUAAAGGCAAAGAGAUGAAGAAGAUAACUCAACUAGCACCCUCAAACAGCUCCCGAGAGUCUGAUGAUCAGUUGAUGGAUAUUGUUAUCGCGUCUCCAAUGGAAGGAAACGUCAACGUUAUCGCAAGUGUUAAACCGGAUUCCCUGUCAACCUCUAAUGCCCCAAUACAAGGCAACCCGUUGGCAAAGGGACAUAAUCAAGAGAAUGAAGAAAAUCUCAGUAAUAGUAAGAGUUGCUGAAAUCGCUCGAUUUUUGUCAUCUUAACAUUCAUCACCGCUACAAUAUUGGAUAAGGAAACAGCCCAACAGCCAAAGAGAAGAUGAUGAAGCAAGCUGAUGAGGAUAAGAAACAACAUCGAUCAUUCUGAUAAACAUAUAUAAGCUAGCUAGGCUUGAUAAUGUUUUAUACGUACUAGUUAACUUAUAUAUGUACAACAUCGAUCUGUUGAUCAUAGUGUUGUAAACAUGAUAUAUUAUAAAUGAACCACAGUGAUUCAUGGGGAGUUAGUCA